AUGCUUGAUGGCGGAUUGGGCAAGUUGCACAAGAGGAUGAAGCGGUUUGGUGACACGUUGAACCCCGAUGAUGCGUAUUUAAGCUACUAUGACAUUCGAUUGACGAGAGAGGAUAUGCAAUCGCUCAAGAAUGACUGGCUCACAGAUAAUAUCAUAUCCUUUUGGGAGGAAUACCUGGAACGCGAGUUCCUCGUCAACUAUAAAUCAUCCAAUAUUGUUCUUUUGCGGCCUAGCAUGUCGUUCAUGAUCUUGCAGACACCCAAUCCGCACACACUCCGAGAGGCUUUACCCGACUUCACGCGGACCACGCACGUCUUUCUUCCUAUCAAUGACUGUCGUAAUGUUACUGAAGCCGAAGGCGGCACUCACUGGUCGUUGCUUCUCAUAUCCAUUGUUGAUGGAAUAGCCUUCCAUUACGAUUCACUCCCCCCCGGGAAUGUAUGGGAAGCCCGGACGGUGACCAUGAAGUUUGGCGCGUUGCUCAAUCGACCCAUUCGAUUCAUUCAUCUACAGGAUUCACCGGUACAAGAGAACGGUAGCGACUGUGGUGUGUUUGUGUGUCUGAGUAUGCGGCAUUUGCUGCUGAAACGGCUGUUGACUGCGAACGCCAGCGAGAAAGUCAGUAUGAGCCUCGGCGGAAUGAAAGUAGAUGCUCGCGGAGGGAGAAAAGAGAUAACCAAGAUCAUUGAUGGCUUCCGAAAGGAAGGUGAACGACGCAGGUCAGCUAGUCUCAGCCCUCUAGGGAAGAAGUCAGCAAGCCCUGGCCCUCCACGAAUUGAAUAA